ACUCCCGCAUGCGACUCUGAUCUGCUCCAAGCUCGGCGUCCGAGUCCUCUUAUAUUUAUUUCCGAAAGGUCCGACUCUUCCGAAUUGAAUUCGGGUGACCCCCACCCCUGUCUCCAUGGGUUCGCUAGUGGCUAAACUCCUUCUCCCCACGAUAAGCAGCCUGGUCUUUCUGCCGACCAUCAGCAUCGCAGCCAAGCGAAGAUUUCACAUGGAAGCCAUGGUUUAUUUUUUCACCAUGUUCUUUGUUGCGAUUUACCAUGCCUGUGAUGGCCCUGGCUUAUCAGUGCUGUGUUUCAUGCGAUAUGAUAUCCUGGAAUAUUUCAGCAUCUAUGGGACAGCUCUGUCCAUUUGGGUAUCACUGAUGGCUCUGGCUGAGUUUGAUGAACCCAAAAGAUCGACCUUUGUGAUGUUUGGAGUGCUCACCAUAGCAGUAAGGAUUUACCAUGACCGAUGGGGCUAUGGUGUCUACUCGGGACCCAUCGGGACUGCCGUCCUUGUGAUAACAGUGAAAUGGCUGCAAAAGAUGAAAGAGAAGAAAGGCCUGUACCCCGACAAGAGCGUCUAUACCCAGCAGAUUGGCCCCGGCUUCUGCUUUGGUGCUCUGGCACUGAUGCUGAGGUUCUUUUUUGAGGAUUGGGAUUACACCUAUGUGCACAGCUUCUACCACUGUGCCCUGGCCAUGUCCUUUGUCCUGCUGCUUCCCAAAGUGAACAAGAAAGCAGGGAAUGCUGGGACCCCUGCCAAGCUGGAUUGUUCCACCCUCUGCUGCUGCGUGUGACGAGACCUUCCUCCUGCCUGGUCAACGCUUCUGCAUCCCAACCUGCACCUAUUUGCAGUGGAGAUGGACUGUAUGCAUGUCACACAGCCUUCAUGCUGGUGGGGGUUGCGACCAAAAACAAGGGGCCAAGCUGGGAGCUGAGAAGAUUCCCUCCUGCCAUGACGUUGCCACCUCCUACCCCCAAAUCCAGGUUGUUAAGAGGUUUAAUUGGCUGAGACACAAAACCAGCCCACUGGAAAAGCCAACUUUCAUACGAGAGGCCACACUAGCCAGCCAAAAUCCUUCUCCCCGAUUCUGUAUUUAUGUACUUACAGACCACAACAGCAACAAAAACCCCCAGUGCCCCUUCUUAGGGAAG